UGGUGGCCGCCCACGCCCUGCGAGCCUUGCAGGCACCCCGACGUGCGCCCGGAGGUGCUUUGGCGGCGCUCUGAGCUUCCCCGGGUUGCGCGCAUCCGCGGCGAGGUCUCUUUGCCUUCCUGCCCGGGCCAGGUGCCCCGCGCCCAGCGGAGGAUGGCCGAUUUCCCCGCCAAAGUCAACACCCGCACCAGCACCUCCGCCGGGGCACACACGGGAUCGCCCUCCCUGGACCUCGAUUUCCUGAGGUCCCCCGUUGGCGUCUUGAUGAUCGUGGAGAUCGUGCUGGGCUGUUUGGUGUGGACCCUCAUUGCCGACACAUACUACCAGCCCUACCCUUCCUACGGCUGGGUGAUGUUUGUAGCUGUCUUCUUCUGGAUGGUGACGGUCAUAUUGUUUGCGAUGUACCUUUUCCAGCUUCAGCUGAAACUCUACAUGAUCCCGUGGCCUAUUGUGCUCCUUGUCUUCAACGCUGCAGCCUCCGUCUUGUACGCCACGGCUUUUGUAACGAGCGCCACAUCUGUCGAGCUUUACUCCUGGCCUCAUUCGCCAGACUACAACAGAAGAGCGGCCGCCUCGUUCUUUGCGUGUCUGGUGAUGAUCGUCUACGGGGUCAGUGCCUGUCUCAGCUUUCGCAUUUGGAAAGGAUACGGAAGCAACACAGCAACCAGUCAAGCUACACUUCCUAAUCACACCUAAGAACUGUUGCUUGCUCUGAAUCAACAUGGGCCAAUGGGACGGCUCUGCGGCAGGGCAGGGGAGCGGCUAAUGGUGCCUUGGGGUUCUCUCUUGCCCUCUCUUCCUUUCACAUCCAGAUCGAGUACAGCUCAAUCACUCUUCCUGGUCCCACCUUUCGCGUGGCCUGGGCCACAAAUGCAGCAUGCGUUCUAAUGCCAUCUAGAUUUAGAUCAGUGCUUUUCACUACUUUCUACUAAUUGGCUCCGUGUACCAAUGCGUGGAGGAUGAGUCCCUCUCCUGUCUUGCAAGAGAUCACUUCCAGCCUAGUUCAAACUGGCAUGCUAUGUCUCAGGCAUGUGAACAGGCCCCACCGUAGAUCUAUUGCCCGCAGAGCUUGUACAUCACCUGUUGUUACCUCUGCUGUGAUGCUUUCAGCACAUGGCAACUCAUGUGUCCAGUGAGCCACAGCGUGCAUCAAACAGCUGUUAGAGGCUCCUGGUUUAAUGCAAGAAAGUUCAGAAAGCACUAGAACCAAACAGGGCAGUCCCAGCAGUGGUGUUAGAUCUGUGGCCAAUUCAUAUAUGCAGAACGGCUCCGAUGCUCAACGCUCCAGGGUGAACCAUCUUCCUGUGUCCUGCUUUCCCAAAACCUUCUUAAUAUUCAAGAAUAGGCCAACAGGACUGGAGCAAAGGUGUACUUAGCCCCACAUCCAUAGGGGUCUGCUACCCUUGGGAUAGUCACCAGAAAGGCACACUGCCUCCAAGCCAGAGGCGGAUCUGGGGAAAAUGUAGCUUGCUGCGAAAUCUGAGUUUUCCGCCCCCUCCCACUCCAAACAAUUUUUUUUGCAUGAGGUCUUGAAGUUAGUGUAUGGACCAGGGAGGGAGGAGAUGGUUGUGGGGGCGAUUUUCUACACCCCCCCACCCCGGUGACUUAAUGGCUGCAGCCCGGGGACAUUUGACCCCAUGUACCCCUGGGCGAUACACCCCUGUUCCAAGCAUACAACAUGCCUGCACAGAGGUUGAGGGGUGAUUGCUGCAUGUGUGCACUGACCCACAAAAACCCUCAGAGCAGCGCUGGAAGCAGAAUAUGAAUUCUUAGCAACUUUGGACUGGAGGGUAGGGUGUGUGUGUGGCCCACUUCAGUGUGCCUCUGUGAAUUAGCCCGAAGCAUCCCCAUCUCCAGCCACGGCCACACUAAAUCCACUAAAACAAGCAAGCCUGGUCUUGCCUUAGGCCAGCCGCCUGCAGCUUAAUGUGUAAAUAAUUUAUAUUUAACUCAAUGCGUGUGGUACUUAGAAGGGAUGACACACAGCUUUUGGUGCAACUAUGCAGCACGUGUUUUGUUUUAUUAUUGAUUCCUGAAAAAAAAUUGGAAAGACAAGUUCUGUUUUAAAUUAAAAGUGUCUAAAUCUGA